GAGGAGGGCAGUUCAGUGACUCUGACCUGUAGCAGUGAUGCUAACCCAGCAGCUAACUACACCUGGUACAAGGAGAAUGAAGACUCUCCAAAAGCUUCAGGACAGAUCUUCAACAUCACUGACUUCAGAGCUGAACACAGUGGGAGUUAUUACUGUGGAGCCCAGAACAAGUUAGGACGUCAAAACUCCACCUUUCAUCAGAUUGUUUUGACUGGAGCAUGGAAAUCUAGAGCUGCUGGAAUCACCACUGCUGUUGUUCUGUCAGUCAUCCUUCUCUCUAUAUUUGUAUUGAUCAGGAAGAAGAAAGCUGCCAAGCGAUCAUCUGAGCCCGGAGAGCCACCGGACAACAGCAAACAGAGUCCUCAGGAGGAGCUUCUCUAUGCCAGUGUCCAGUUCUCCAAAAACCAGGCAGAUCCUCUCUCCUCCAACAUCGAGGAUAGUGUUGUGUACGCUGAGGUCAAAUUUAACAGCGCUGCCCCGAGAAGUCAGAUGUCUGCCAUAAAGGACUCAACUGCAUUGUACAGCACAAUCAACAAAACCAGGACACACCGCAUGGAGACGAGAGGAGCCGCUAUGAUUUUAACAGCGAGUGGAUUUUUUGUCUUCCUUCUCUGUAUGCCAGUCGUUCAGGGUCAGCAUGACUGGGGAGUGACUUACUCUUCUACUAAGAUCUGUGCAGUGAAAGGAUCAACAGUGGACAUAAACUGCAGCUACAAAUACCCAUCUAGAAUAUAUGGCCAUGAAAACACAGUACAGAAAACCUUCUGGUUUACUCAGAAGCAAAAUGGUGAACUUGUAGAUCUGACAACAGCCUCAGAGUAUGCAGGUCGUAUAGAGAAUCUCUUUGAAAACAACAGAUGCACUCUGAGAAUCAAAAACCUGAGAGAGAGCGACUCAGCUGAGUACAGGUUCAGGUUCAUAACAAACUACGAUACAUAUACUGGUUCACCAGGAGUCACUUUGUCUGUCACAGAUCCAGAUCUACUAGUCAAGGUCAUCAGAUCAAUAGUCCACCAGAGUGUUUCCAAAGCAAAGCUUCAGUGUCACAGCAGAUGUCUUUUACCUCAUGACCCUUCCUACAUCUGGUUCAAGAACGGACAGAAAAUUCGGGCAGAAACAUUUUCUUUUUCAGUCAAUUCUGAUUCAGCUGACAGCUAUUCCUGCGCUCUUAAAGGACAUGAGGAUUUCCCGUCUCCUUCACAGUGUGUUGACGGUCAAAACUGCAACAGAGUGACUCACACUGACCGGAGCAUCUGUGCCUUCAAAGGAUCAUCAGUGGACAUUUCCUGCAUGUACAGCAGUUAUGAAUCUAUCACUGAUGGAUUCUGGUUCAGUCCUGAGCGUUAUCAUCAGUGGCAGAAUCCCUCUCAGCCUGAGGACCUUAGUGAAGACUCCCAGUAUUCAGGUCGUGUUCAGAUCCUUGAAACAUGGAGAGGACGCUCCACUCUGAGGAUCUCUGACCUGAGAGACUCAGAUUCAGCUCAGUAUCUCUUCAAAUUCAAAACACCAAGCUUUGAAUGGAGGAGUGAUUUACCUGGUACAACUCUGACUGUCACAGAUCUGAAGGUGCAGGUGCAGGGGGGGAAAUCAUCUUCAUGGUCUGAGCUCCAGUGUUACACCAGUUGUCGCCUGCCACAAGGUUCUUCCUACAUCUGGUAUGAGAAUGGGCUGAAAAUUGCAAAAGAAACAUUCUCUUCAUAUUCAGUCUACUUUGGUUUUGCAUCCAGCUACUCAUGCGCUGUGCAAGGACAUGAGGAUUUCCCCUCUCCUCCAGUGUGUGUCACUGGUCAAACCUGUAACAGAGUAAUUUACACUGAGAGAAGCAUCUGCGCCUUAAAAGGAUCAUCAGUGGACAUUUCCUGCACGUACAACAGUUAUAAAGUAUAUGUUAAAUCUACAUUCUGGUUCAGUCCUGAGCGUAGUCAUCAGGGACAGAAUCCCUCUCAACCUGAGGACCUUAGUGAAGACUCCCAGUAUGCAGGUCGUGUUCAGAUCCUUGAAACAGAGAGAGGACGCUCCACUCUGAGGAUCUCUGACCUGAGAGACUCAGAUUCAGCUCAGUAUCUCUUCAAAUUCAAAACAACAGGCUUUGAAUGGGGGAGUGAUUUCCCUGGUACAACUCUGACUGUCACAGCUCUGCAGGUGCAGGUGAUCACAUCAACAGUCCACCAGUCAUACACCUAUGCAGAGCUGAAGUGUCACAGCGGCUGCAGUCCAGCUGGUGUUUCCUACAUCUGGUUCAAGAACAAUGAGAAAAUCAUCAAAGAGGAAAGAUCUUUAUAUGAAGACCAGUUUUAUCCUGGAGACAUCAUCUCUUGUGCUUUGAAAGGACACGAGAAUUACAGCUCUCCUUUGCUAUAUGCUCUGAAGUUUCCCGUUGUGUCAGUAAGUCCUUCUGAUGAAAUCAUGGAGGGCAGUUCAGUGACUCUGACCUGUUGCAGUGAUGCUAACCCAGCAGCUAACUACACCUGGUACAAGGAGAAUGGAAAUCAGAAACUUCCUCCUCUCAAUAAAGAACCAAAGCUUUUCUUCAGCUCCAUCCAGGUUUCUGACUCUGGACAGUAUUUCUGUACAGCUGAGAACGAGCUGGGGAAACGGACAUCUGAAAUGAACUCUGUUGAUGUGGAAUAUGCUCCAAAGCUCCCCUCUGUGUCAGUGAGUCCCUCUGCUGAGAUAGAGGAGGGCAGUUCAGUGACUCUGAUCUGUAGCAGUGAUGCUAACCCAGUAGCUAAAUACACCUGGUACAAGAAGAACCAAACACUGUUUCAGGGACCAGAAGGAAGUUAUCAUGUCACCUCCAUCAGCUCUGAGGACAGAGGGAUCUACUACUGCAAGUCUGGGAAUCAAUAUGGAGAGAUCAACUCUACGCCUCUAUUUGUAGAUGUCCAGUAUGCUCCAAAGCUCCCCUCUGUGUCAGUAAGUCCCUCUGCUGAGAUAGAGGAGGGCAGUUCAGUGACUCUGACCUGUAGCAGUAAUGCUAACCCAGCAGCUAAAUACACCUGGUACAAGGAGAACCAAACACUGUUUCAGGGAACAGAAGGAAGUUAUCAUGUCACCUCCAUCAGCUCUGAGGACAGCGGGAUCUACUACUGCAAGUCUGGGAAUCAAUAUGGAGAGAUCAACUCUACGUCUCUGUUUGUAGAUGUCCAGUAUGCUCCAAAGCUCCCCUCUGUGUCAGUGAGUCCCUCUGCUGAGAUAGAGGAGGGCAGUUCAGUGACUCUGACCUGUAGCAGUGAUGCUAACCCAGCAGCUAACUACACCUGGUACAAGAAGAAUGAAGACUCUCCAAAAGCUUCAGGACAGAUCUUCAACAUCACUGACUUCAGAGCUGAACACAGUGGGAGUUAUUACUGUGAAGCCCAGAACAAGUUAGGACGUCAAAACUCCACCUUACAUCAGAUUGUUUUGACUGGAGCAUUGAAAUCUAGAGCUGCUGGAAUCACCACUGCUGUUGUUCUGACAGUCAUCCUCCUCUCUAUAUUUGUAUUGAUUAGGAAGAAGAAAGCUGCCAAGCCAUCAUCUGAACCCGGAGAGCCACCGGACAACAGCAAACAGAGUCCUCAGGAGGAGCUUCUCUAUGCCAGUGUCCAGUUCUCCAAAAACCAGGCAGAUCCUCUCUCCUCCAACAUCGAGGAUAGUGUUGUGUACGCUGAGGUCAAAUUUAACAGCGCUGCCCCGAGAAGUCAGAUGUCUGCCAUAAAGGACUCAACUGCAUUGUACAGCACAAUCAACAAAACCACGACACAGUAGGAAUCUACAGCCCAUCAUUUUUAUUAAAGGGACCCUAUUGGGUUUUCCCUUCACUGUAGUGUGUUCUCUAGGUUUGUGUGCAUGUAAAUGGUCUGCAAAGGCUAACAUCCAUGUGUUCCCUCCAGAGGGAGUUUCUCCAUUGGACUCCUUUGUUUACUUCCUUAACAUCGUGACAUCCCUAUGGAACACUCUGGCUCCUAUUGGCUUCUUUCUGAGAAGAUAUAUGACUUUAGCGUGUUGUUGAGUUUGAGCCUGGGUUGGCUCUAAUGACUAUGUAGCUUAUUUAAUGCCUUUUAUUGUAAACAUAAUAUAUGUAUAUUAAAUGGCCUAUUUAAUGAAAUGUACAGAAGCAAGGACACACUUUUUAAACCUUUUAUUUGUUCUCUGGAUUGGUGUUUAAGCACUGAGUGGAUACAUAAUACUCUAUAAAUCAUUAUUCAGAGGGAAUUAGAGACACCCAAAUAGCUUUUACUUUCCAUUUUUACCAAAAAGAUAGCAAUGUAACUAACUUAUUAACUUGUAAAAACAUGAGACAACCUUUCAAUUUGAAAUAAAGAGUAUACAGACCAAUGUGUUUUUCUAUAUCAUGUUGUACUUAAACCUUUGUCAACAGUACGUUUUAUUUGAGCUCUUGUUAUGUUAGGCAUACUCCUUUGUUUUGUAAAA